GCGUUGGUGCUCCUAUGUCGUUGCUGUUUACGUCAGUGGUUAUGAUGGUGUGGUGCUCAGCGUGUAUUUGCGAAGAGCCGUGAUUGAUUUCUGUGCUGCCGCCAGUGCAACCGAGCUCGCUCCCCUCUGUCAUCCUCGACUGCAAAGGUGGGCGGAGCCGGCACACGUGGUGCCCGGUGCUGCCAUGCCGCUGUUUGGCAAGUCCCAGAAGAGCCCGUACGAGCUGGUCAAGGUCCUUCGAGAGGCCGUCCUGGCACUGGAGCGGGGUGACAAGAAGGCUGAAAAGCUGCCCACCACUUUGGGAAAGGCACUGCGCGCCCAGGAAGAUGUCUCCAAGCACCUUGUGAUGAUGAAGAACAUGCUGUACGGCACGUGUGAUACCGAGCCCCAGACGGACAUUGUGGUGGCCCAAUUGGCACAGGAGCUGUACAACACCAACCUUCUUCUCCUGCUGGUGCAGAACCUCUCUAAGAUCGACUUCGAGGGCAAGAAAGACGUCGCUCAGAUCUUCAACAACAUCCUGCGACGGCAAAUAGGCACACGUUCACCUACGGUAGACUACAUCUGUACCAAGCCUGACAUCCUGUUUACACUAAUUCAAGGAUACGAGAAGCAGGACAUCGCCCUCAACUGCGGCACCAUGCAGGAGUGCGCGCGAUACGAGGCCCUAGCGAAAAUCAUUCUUUACUCGGAUGAAUUUUACAACUUCUUCAAGUACGUCGAGGUGUCUACGUUCGACAUUGCCUCGGAUGCAUUCUCCACCUUCAAGGAACUGCUGACGCGCCACAAGAUGGUCUGUGCGGAAUUCCUGGAGCAGAACUAUGACAAGGUGUUCUCUCACUACCAGAACCUCCUCAACUCUGAGAAUUAUGUCACAAGGCGACAAUCCCUCAAGCUUCUAGGCGAGCUCCUUCUGGAUAGGCACAACUUCAGCAUUAUGACACGCUACAUCAGCAAUCCAGAAAACCUUAAGCUGAUGAUGAACAUGCUCAAGGAAAAGAGCCGCAACAUUCAGUUUGAAGCUUUCCACGUGUUCAAGGUGUUUGUGGCCAACCCAAACAAGCCAAAGCCCAUUCUGGACAUCCUGCUGCGCAAUAAGGACAAGCUGGUGGACUUCUUGAGCAAGUUCCACACGGACAGGUCGGACGACGAGCAGUUCAAUGACGAGAAGGCCUACCUCAUCAAGCAGAUUCGAGAGCUGAAGCCCCUCGAAGGCGACCCCACCACGUGUCCCCAGGGGGGCCACUGAGGCUGGCUGUGUGGGCGUACUAUCAUUCCAGGAAGGAAUUAACAUUUGCUUGUAACUAGACUAGCUGCCGUUGAUGUUGUCGAGCCACCCGUGUGCACCUGACAGCAGCAGCAACUGGGCCCGCUUGAUAGUGUUGUAUCUUUUGUUGACGCUGCUGUGCUCGGACUUGUGGUGCCUUUAUGCAAGCCGUGGUGGAGGAUGUAUGCGGGCAGAAAUAAAGGUUUCUCUCGCAGCAUGCUUGGCACAAAUGUUUGGUGCCUGCAGAAAA